AUGAUUCAAGUGCAAGUUAGUGAAGGUAUAUUGGAGGGGGAAGUAAAAAACAAUGAGUAUGGAGGGAAAAUCUAUAGCUUUAAAGGCAUUCCAUAUGCUCAGCCACCCGUUGGAGACUUGAGGUUUAAGGCACCGCAACCACCAAAACCAUGGAGCGGAGUACGGGAAGCAAAAACAUGUGGAAAUGAUUGCUACCAUAUUGAAUUGUUCACUGGUAUGGCACCACAUGGCAGCGAGGACUGUUUAUACCUCAAUGUCUACUCUCCAAAUAUCACACCUACAAAACCUUUACCAGUUAUGGUAUGGAUUCAUGGUGGAGGUUUUACGAGCGGAAGUGGAUCUGACGUCAUAUACGCGCCCAAUUUUCUAAUUAGACAAGACGUCAUUCUAGUAACAUUAAAUUAUAGACUUGAGAUUCUCGGUUUUCUUUGUCUUGAAACCGAAGAUGUGCCUGGAAAUGCCGGCAUGAAAGACCAGGUAGCUGCGCUCAUAUGGGUCAAGAAAAAUAUCUGUAGAUUCGGUGGUGAUCCCGACAAUGUUACAAUAUUCGGUGAAAGUGCUGGAGGAGCUAGCGUUUCUUUGCACCUGAUAUCACCGAUGAGCAAAGGAUUAUUCAAAAGAGCAAUAUCGCAGAGUGGUAAUGCGGCAUGUUAUUGGCCAACAAGUUUCAUGGCAAAAGAAAGAUCAUUAGCUGUAGCUAAAGAAAUGGGAUGCAACUCGAAGGACGAGAAAGAGGUAUAUGAAUUCUUUAAAUCUCAACCUGUAGAAGCAUUGAUUAAAAAACGAGUUCCACUAUUCUACGCUGAAGCAAAUAAAGAGUUUCCUCUAAUUUACUUCUGCGUCGUCAGUGAAAAAGAAUUUGGUGGUAACGAAAGGUUCUUACAUGGGGAUCCAGUAGAUAUUUUGCGUAACGGUAUUCACGAAGGGGUAGAAGUCAUAAAUGGAUACACAGAAGAUGAAGGAGUUUUAAUGUUAGGCGUCGGUUUAAAUGUCAAUAACAUGUUUUCUCAAGCAAACAAAUUUUAUGAAUAUUUUGUUCCGAGACCUUUUGCUUUAACUUGUACAGCAACCGAGCAAGUUAAGAUAGGUAAAUUAAUUAAGGAAUUCUAUUUUAAUGGUGAAGAUGUGUCUAUAAAAAAUGUGGAUAAACUAUGUCAAUAUUUGGGUGCAGAAGGGUUUAGCUACCCUGCCGUUCUUUGGCAAAAAAUUUGCACAAGCUCAUGCAAAAACAAAACUUACCUUUACAAAUUCACUUGCAAGUCAGAAAGAAACGUAUUCAAAUACCUGCUGGGUGUUGUCGACAUCAUUGGAGAGAAGAAUGUCGUUUGUCAUGCUGACGAUUUGCCUUACCUCUUUCCGAUCGCUAUUAAUAAUGAAAAAGUACAAAUGAAUACACCAACAUUUAAAUUGAUUGAUCAAGUGACUAAACUUUGGACAAACUUCGCCAAAUAUGGAAACCCAACACCUGACAGCUAUCUCGGAGUCACUUGGAGGCCAUACUCCUUGGAGGAACAGGCGUUUUUGGACAUAGGUGAACAAUUGGUCCCCGGAACAGCACCAGACAAGGAAGUUAUGGAAUUUUGGGAAAAUACUUACAAAGAAUAUUGUCCUAAAUAUGCUCCUUGA